AGAAGUGAAACGUCUUUUAGCGGGCGUCUGGCUGUACAGCGCCCUGACGUAAUGUGAGGGGACUACGGGCAGGGUUGAGCUGGACCAAUGAGGAGGCGCGAGGGGGCUGGUUUGCCUGUUCUCACGCCCAACCCUCAGACCCAGCCCCAGGAAAGUUUCCCUUCUAGGAAGGAGAGAAGCGAACAUGGCAGCGCGUUGGUGGCUUUGGUGCGUCUCUGCGACCGUAGCGGUGGCACUGCUGCUCGUUUACGGGGUUCCCUCAGCCUCUGCCCAGAGAAAGAAGGAGAUGGUGUUAUCUGAAAAGGUUAGUCAACUGAUGGAAUGGACCAAUAAAAGGCCUGUAAUAAGAAUGAAUGGAGACAAGUUCCGUCGCCUUGUUAAAGCCCCACCGAGAAACUACUCCGUUAUUGUCAUGUUCACUGCUCUCCAACUUCAUAGACAAUGUGUCGUGUGCAAGCAAGCUGAUGAAGAAUUCCAGAUCCUGGCAAACUCCUGGCGAUAUUCCAGUGCAUUUACCAACAGGAUAUUUUUUGCUAUGGUGGAUUUUGAUGAAGGCUCUGAUGUAUUUCAGAUGCUAAACAUGAAUUCAGCCCCAACUUUCAUCAACUUUCCUGCAAAAGGGAAACCCAAACGGGGUGAUACAUAUGAGUUGCAGGUGCGUGGAUUUUCAGCUGAGCAGAUUGCCCGGUGGAUUGCUGACAGAACUGAUGUCAAUAUUAGAGUAAUUAGACCCCCAAAUUAUGCUGGCCCCCUUAUGUUGGGAUUGCUUUUGGCUGUUAUUGGUGGACUUGUAUAUCUUCGAAGAAGCAAUAUGGAAUUUCUCUUUAAUAAAACUGGAUGGGCUUUUGCGGCUCUGUGUUUUGUGCUUGCUAUGACAUCUGGUCAAAUGUGGAACCAUAUAAGAGGACCACCAUAUGCUCAUAAGAAUCCCCACACAGGACAUGUGAAUUAUAUCCAUGGAAGCAGCCAAGCCCAGUUUGUAGCUGAAACACACAUUGUUCUUCUGUUUAAUGGUGGGGUUACCUUAGGGAUGGUGCUUUUAUGUGAAGCUGCUACAUCUGACAUGGAUAUUGGAAAGCGAAAGAUAAUGUGUGUGGCUGGUAUUGGACUCGUUGUAUUAUUCUUCAGUUGGAUGCUCUCUAUUUUCAGAUCUAAAUAUCAUGGAUAUCCAUAUAGCUUUCUGAUGAGUUAAAAAGGAUUCCAGAGAUAUGUAGACACUGGAGUAAUGGAAAUUGAAAAAUGAAAAACGUGUGUGUGAAAAGAAGAAUGCAAUUUGUGUAUUUUGUAUUACCUCUUUUUUUCAAGUGAUUAAAAUAGUUAAUCAUUUAACCAAAGAAGAUGUAUAGUGCCUUAAGAAGCAAUUUUCCAUCAAAAUCAUGAAGUAUUUGGAUAUGAUUCUCCUCUUAACCUUCCCUUCCCAGUAAACUUUGUGGAAUAUUUAAUUUAGUGGAAUUAAAUAUUUUUUAAAAAUUUUAAAGCUACUACUUCAUUUUAGUUACAACAAGGUUCAAAACUGCUUUAGUUAACUUUUGACCAUCUGAUUUUUUAUUAUCUUAUCCAAAGGUGUGGGGGGCAGUUCUGAUAACAACAUCAAGAAUCCAUUCUUAACUUUUCCAUCUUUGCAUGUAUGUGUAUACUUUGCACAUCUUUCCUUUUGGGCAGAGAAAUCAUAUGUGCUAUGUGUCUUCUGAAAAUGGAACACCAUUCUUCAGAGUACAUGUCUAGACUUUAGAAAAAAAGACUAGCCAGUCCUCCUCCAUCUUUCCUCCUGAAAUGCAGUGCAAACUAUGCUUCUUGGUAGCUGUAGACAUUAAGAAAUAUCUCUAAAUGCAGGAUUAUGAUUUCUGCAUGAGUGUGGUAUUAACUACCUGUAUUUGGAAAGAUUUCAGGCUCAUUCUGUCUCCCUAGUUUUCUUUUAUUUAAGGUGGGCGCCUUUCUAAUAAAAAUGUAGCUUAGUGCUAAAAUCAGUGUAAAUUUUAAAUGGUCUAAAACGUUUCUGCAAAUUAGAGCUCAUCACUUAUUUCAUUUGUACCUAAGAGAAAAAGCUAGGUUCAUCUGGUUAAGUUGAUAUCUGUAUUACAGUUGCAACAUAUAUAAUUAACCCUUGUGUUUAGGAAAAGGACUCCCCUAGAUUGGGAAAAUAAAAUCAUGAAAUAUUAAGCUGUUGCCUGUGAAUAGAAAGUAAAUGUUUCUUGAAAGCUGUUCUGGUUUUUGCUAUUAUUUUAGCCUUCAUUUUCUCACUUUAAGUGGAGAACAAAGUAAUCAUUUGAAGAAGUUUUGAGUUUUAUCUUUUUUCUGUCAGUGAAAAUAACCGUAUGUGCUAACCAAAUUUCUGUGAAGAAUGGAAGUUGAUGGUUAUCAUUAGAUCUAGCUAUAACCUCCCGCAUAGUCAUAAAGAGUAUCCAGAAAUGCCACUGUUAAUGGAAAUAUGAGAAUUCUGAUAAUGAAAAAAAUGUUUAAUAAAUCUUAGAAGUAUUAUUACAUUAAAAUAAUACUGUGACUGCCUGCUACUAUUUACCAUCUAAUAACUCUCCCACGUGGUCUGGAAGUCUUAUAUAAUAGAGGUUUGAAGAAAGAGAUGGAUAUAAUUGCCUAAGAAGAAAUGUUGUAUGUGGGGGUUUUGUUUUUGUUUUUGUUAGUAGAUUUGGUGGGUGAGGGGAUAUUUACUCUCUAGUGGAGCCUGUUUUUGUUACUCCACUGUAAAUUGUAUGAUUCUGGAUUCCUUAUCUGCUGUUCUUGUACUUGUCUCAGGCCAAGUAAAUUUAUGCUGUGAUUCUUAUGAGACUUGUAUGAAUAUACCCUGAUUUGUACAUACUAACCGGGGGAAUAUUACUGCCAUGUAAAAUGUAUAGCUCCAGAUAAUUUGCAACGAACAUUGAAAGAAUGACAGUUUUUUUGGUAUUUGUUUUGUCUCUUAAGAGCACAUUGUUCUUCUUUAAGGAGAGAAGUUGCAUUCUGGCUAAAAUCUGUAGAAAGCAGAUUUACUACACUUAGAAUAGUGUUACUUUUGUGGAAAUGUUGAAAUUAGCUUUCAUCUGAAGUGCCUUAAGUAGACUCUUAAUUAACUUUUCUAGCAAUUGUUUAAAUAUUAUUUGUUAUGCAUUUAAAAAUACUAUUUAAAAUGACACAUUGUAGUGACAAAGAUAACCAAAUGUCUGGCUGUUUGCUUUUUGAUCAUAUCAAUAAACUUUUACAAUCUAAAUUCUGA